UCUUUUUUUUAUCAUUGUGCCAGUUCCAUUUAAAUGUAUCUGCCGUGGAUCUGGUCAAGUGGAGAUAAUCCAUGCAAAUCAGAAACUGUGGUUGUCAGUGUGUGGUUCCCGGAGAGGACUCAGCCUGAGGAGGUCACUCGUUCACAGCCGCUCCUCCCAUUCUAUCUCUCCCCUUAUUGCAGAACUGCUGUAUGUAUACAGUGGCAAAAAGGACUCAAUUGACUUCAGCUGCUGCCUGGUUUUGCUUACAACUUUUUCUUAUAAAGGAACUUACCUCCAUCUGUCUUUUCAAGGUUGACAGGCCAUUUCCUCUAAACUCCACAACUCAUUCUGAUGACUAUGGAGCCUACAUAGUUUCUAAUGAUAAACGAUGAAUUUCAAAGGUAUUUACGAUACAAUGAUAAAUUUCAUCUUUCCCAGAAUGAUAUGAAGAUCAAUGAUGCAGACUGCUGGGUUCGAUGAAGCUGGGCAUUUAUAACUAGAUUCAUUAAGGAAUACAAAGAAAAUAUUUAAAGGGAUCAAUAAUGGUGUCUUCUGGUUGCAGAAUGCGAAGUCUGUGGUUUAUCAUUAUAAUCAGUUUCUCACCGAAUACAGAAGGUUUCAGCAGAGCAGCCUUACCAUUCGGGUUAGUUAGACGAGAACUAUCCUGUGAAGGUUAUUCUAUAGACCUGCGAUGUCCAGGCAGUGAUGUCAUCAUGAUUGAGAGUGCUAACUAUGGUCGGACAGACGACAAGAUCUGUGAUGCAGACCCCUUUCAGAUGGAGAACACAGACUGCUACCUCCCUGAUGCCUUCAAAAUCAUGACUCAAAGGUGCAACAAUCGAACGCAGUGUGUAGUAGUUACUGGGUCAGAUGUAUUUCCUGAUCCAUGUCCCGGAACUUACAAGUACCUUGAAGUUCAAUAUGAAUGUGUCCCUUACAAAGUGGAGCAAAAAGUUUUUGUGUGUCCUGGGACCUUGAAAGCAAUUGUGGACUCACCAUGUAUAUAUGAAGCUGAGCAAAAGGCAGGUGCUUGGUGCAAGGACCCUCUUCAGGCUGCAGAUAAAAUUUAUUUUAUGCCCUGGACUCCUUACCGCACCGAUACUUUAAUAGAAUAUGCUUCUUUAGAAGAUUUUCAAAACAGCCGCCAGACAACAACAUACAAACUUCCAAACCGAGUAGAUGGUACUGGAUUUGUGGUAUAUGAUGGAGCUGUCUUCUUUAACAAAGAAAGAACAAGAAAUAUUGUGAAAUUUGACUUGAGGACUAGAAUUAAGAGUGGUGAGGCCAUAAUCAACUAUGCCAACUACCAUGAUACAUCACCUUACAGAUGGGGAGGGAAGACUGAUAUUGACCUGGCAGUGGAUGAAAAUGGCUUAUGGGUCAUUUAUGCUACCGAGCAGAACAAUGGAAUGAUAGUGAUUAGCCAGCUAAAUCCAUACACUCUUCGAUUCGAAGCAACAUGGGAGACGGUAUAUGACAAGCGUGCAGCAUCCAAUGCUUUCAUGAUAUGCGGAGUUCUCUACGUGGUGAGGUCAGUGUACCAAGACAACGAAAGUGAAGCAGGCAAGAACACAAUUGAUUACAUUUACAACACGCGGUUAAGCCGGGGAGAAUAUGUGGAUGUCCCUUUCCCCAACCAGUAUCAGUACAUUGCUGCAGUGGAUUACAAUCCCAGAGACAACCAGCUCUACGUAUGGAAUAAUAACUUUAUUUUACGGUAUUCUCUGGAGUUUGGUCCACCUGACCCUGCCCAAGUGCCUACCACAGCUGUGACAAUAACUUCUUCAGCUGAGCUGUUCAAAACCACAGUGUCAACCACAAGCACUACUUCACAGAGAGGCUCCGUGAGCACCACAGUAGCUGGACCUCAGGAAGGAAGCAGAGGGACAAAGCCACCUCCAGCAGUUUCUACAACCAAAAUUCCUCCUGUAACAAAUAUUUUUCCCCUGCCAGAGAGAUUCUGCGAGGCAUUAGAAACGAAGGGGAUAAAGUGGCCUCAGACACAAAGGGGAAUGAUGGUUGAACGACCCUGUCCCAAGGGGACAAGAGGAACGGCCUCGUAUCUCUGCAUGGCUUCCACAGGAACAUGGAACCCUAAGGGCCCUGAUCUCAGCAACUGCACCUCUCACUGGGUGAAUCAGCUGGCUCAGAAGAUCAGAAGUGGAGAAAAUGCUGCAAGUCUAGCCAAUGAACUGGCUAAGCACACCAAGGGGUCCGUGUUUGCCGGGGAUGUGAGCUCCUCGGUGAGACUGAUGGAGCAGCUGGUGGACAUCCUCGAUGCUCAGCUGCAGGAGCUGAAACCUAGUGAGAAGGAUUCCGCCGGGCGGAGUUACAACAAGCUCCAAAAACGAGAGAAGACAUGCAGGGCUUACCUUAAGGCAAUUGUUGACACAGUGGACAACCUCCUGAGACCCGAGGCUUUGGAUUCCUGGAAACACAUGAAUUCUUCUGAGCAGGCACACACAGCCACGAUGUUACUGGAUACAUUGGAAGAAGGGGCAUUUGUCCUAGCAGACAAUCUCUUGGAACCAACCAGGGUCUCGAUGCCCACAGAGAACAUUGCUCUGGAAGUUGCUGUACUCAGCACGGAAGGGCAGGUCCAAGACUUUAAAUUCCCUCUGGGCAUCAAGGGGGCCGGCAGCUCCAUCCAGCUCUCCGCAAACACCGUCAAGCAGAACAGCAGGAACGGGCUGGCAAAGCUGGUAUUCAUCAUUUACCGUAGUCUGGGGCAGUUCUUGAGUACUGAGAAUGCGACCAUCAAGCUGGGCGCAGACUUCACGGGUCGCAACAGCACCAUCGCAGUGAACUCGCACGUCAUUUCUGUCUCCAUCAACAAGGAGUCCAGCCGGGUGUACUUGACAGACCCGGUGCUCUUCACGCUGCCACACAUUGAUCCUGACAAUUAUUUCAAUGCAAACUGCUCCUUCUGGAACUACUCAGAGAGAACCAUGAUGGGAUAUUGGUCUACCCAGGGCUGCAAGCUGGUUGACACUAAUAAAACUCGCACAACAUGUGCAUGCAGCCACCUAACCAAUUUUGCUAUUCUCAUGGCCCACAGGGAAAUUUCAUAUAACGGAGUUCAUGAGCUGCUGCUGAAAGUCAUCACCUGGGUGGGCAUCGUCGUCUCCCUCGUCUGCCUGGCUAUCUGCAUCUUCACCUUCUGUUUCUUCCGAGGUUUACAGAGUGACCGCAAUACCAUCCAUAAGAACCUUUGUAUCAACCUUUUCAUUGCUGAAUUUAUUUUUCUCAUAGGCAUUGAUAAGACAGGCUACUCGAUUGCAUGCCCUGUAUUCGCAGGGCUUUUGCACUUUUUCUUUCUAGCAGCUUUUUCUUGGAUGUUCCUAGAAGGUGUUCAGCUCUACUUAAUGUUAGUUGAAGUUUUCGAGAGCGAAUAUUCAAGGAAGAAAUAUUAUUAUGUUGCCGGAUACUUGUUCCCUGCCACAGUGGUUGGUGUUUCGGCUGCUAUUGACUAUAAGAGCUAUGGGACAGAAAAGGCUUGCUGGCUUCACGUUGAUAACUAUUUCAUAUGGAGCUUCAUUGGGCCUGUCACCUUCAUUAUUCUGCUAAAUAUUAUUUUCCUGGUGAUCACGCUGUGCAAAAUGGUGAAACAUUCAAACACUUUGAAACCAGAUUCUAGCAGGUUGGAAAACAUUAAUAAUUACCGUGUUUGUGAUGGCUACUAUAAUACGGACUUACCUGGCUAUGAAGAUAAUAAGCCAUUUAUCAAGUCUUGGGUGCUUGGCGCGUUUGCCCUACUGUGUCUCCUGGGCCUCACCUGGUCCUUUGGGUUUCUUUUUGUUAAUGAGGAGACUGUUGUGAUGGCAUAUCUCUUCACCACCUUUAAUGCUUUCCAGGGACUGUUCAUUUUCAUCUUCCACUGUGCUCUUCAAAAGAAAGUACGAAAAGAAUAUGGCAAGUGCUUCAGACACUGGUACUGCUGUGGUGGCCUCCCGACCGAGAGCCCCCACAGCUCUGUGAAGGCGUCAACCACCCGCACCAGUGCGCGCUACUCCUCUGGCACACAGAGUCGUAUAAGGAGGAUGUGGAAUGACACCGUGAGGAAACAGUCUGAAUCUUCUUUUAUCUCAGGUGACAUCAAUAGCACUUCUACCCUUAACCAAGGAAUGACUGGCAAUUACCUACUAACAAACCCUCUUCUUCGACCCCACGGCACUAACAACCCCUAUAACACAUUGCUCGCUGAAACAGUUGUAUGUAAUGCCCCUUCAGCUCCUGUGUUUAACUCACCAGCAACCUACAGAGAGACAAGACAUUCACUGAACAAUGCCAGGGACACAAGUGCCAUGGAUACUCUACCGCUAAAUGGUAACUUCAACAACAGCUACUCACUGCGCAAGGGGGACUACCACGACGGGGUGCAGGUCGUGGACUGUGGACUAAGUCUGAAUGACACGGCGUUUGAGAAAAUGAUCAUUUCAGAGUUAGUGCAUAACAACCUGCGGGGUGGCAGCAAAGCCCACAACCUGGAGCUCAAGCUCCCCGUGAAACCCGUGAUCGGUGGCAGCAGCAGCGAAGAUGACGCGAUUGUGGCUGACGCCUCAUCUUUGAUGCAUGGUGACAACCCAGCGCUGGAGUUCCGCCACAAAGAACUGGAGGCACCGCUCAUCCCGCAGCGGACUCACUCGCUCCUGUACCAACCCCAGAAAAAAGUGAAGCCAGAGGCAACCGACAGCUACGUCUCCCAGCUGACGGCCGAGGCCGACGACCACCUCCAGUCCCCCAACAGAGACUCUCUGUACACGAGCAUGCCCAACCUAAGAGACUCUCCCUACCCGGAGAGCAGCCCCGACAUGGCAGAGGACCUGUCUCCCUCCAGGAGGAGUGAGAACGAGGACAUUUACUAUAAAAGCAUGCCAAAUCUUGGAGCUGGCCGCCAGCUCCAGAUGUGCUACCAGAUCAGCAGAGGCAAUAGUGAUGGUUACAUCAUCCCCAUUAACAAAGAAGGGUGCAUCCCGGAGGGGGACGUCAGGGAAGGACAGAUGCAGCUGGUAACGAGUCUUUAAUAGUCCAGCCAUACCUAGGGCCACACGCAAGUAUUAAUUGAUAAAGACUCUGCCAGCCGGCCCUGCAGCUCCCUCCAACUCUGUCCGAAAAGUCGGCUCUGAUGACCCGUGGUUCUCCACUGUAGGAAAACAAAAUAGACUGAACCUCGUAGUUCUGUGAAUUUUUAUAAACCGUAAGAAAACUUUGUAUAUACACAGAGUAUACUAAAUUGAAUUAUUUGUUACAAAGAAAAAGAGAUGCCAACCAGGUAUUUUACGUUUCUGCUGCUGUGUAGAGAGAUUGUGAAACCAACAAGAGACCCUUCCGGCCAUGUCACUUGCGGCAGUUGGUGAACUAAGUCUGUAAAUAGGGCCAGCACCGUUUUUUUAGGCCUGCAUUGUAUUAUAUACAAGACGUAGGCUGUAAGAUCCUGUGGGACAAAUCGACUGUAUCUUACUUUUCCUGACAAGACUUGGAAAAGCAGGAGAGAGAUUCUGCACCCGUUUGCACUUCCUGCAAACCUUUUACAUUAAGGCAACAAUUGAAAACAUGUUUAACCAGUAGCAAUCAAGCCACAGGCCUUAUUUCAUGUUUCCUCAACUGUACAAUGAACUAUUCUCAUGAAAAAAAAAAAAGAAAUGGCUAAAGAAAUUAUAUUUUGUUCUAUUGCUAGGGUAAAAUAAAUACAUUUGUGUCCAACUAAGAUAUAAUUGUCAUUAAAAUAAUUUUAAAAGAGUUUGGAGAAAAUGUUGUGACGAGCUCUUGGUUGCACACUAGGAAAUGUGUUUUCUUACUCCCGUCACGGUAAGUUCUACCCCGUUUUGCUUCCUCUCCACCAUAGACAGUGUUCCGCUCUGACCGGUUAGUCCUUUUCCUACAUUGAAAUUCCUUAUUGCCAAAAGAGUGUGUGCUAUGGGGAGAAAAGUCCUUGAAGUCGGUCCUGCCAUGCCUUGCACAAAUGUGGGGAAAUCUGGAGGUCUUGGGUCAUCCCUCUGUUUAUUCUUGAACAGAGGGCAACGGGGGCACUGGGCACUUCUCACAAGCUUUCUAGUGAACAAAAGGUGCCUAUUCUUUUUUAAAAAAUAAAAAAUAAAAUAAAACAGAAAUAUUACUCUUCCAUAUUCCUUCUGCCUAUAUUUAGUAAUUAAUUUAUUUUAUGGUAAAGUUCUAAUGACAUGUAAAUUGUUUCAGCCAAGCUCUGCUCUUCUUUCAAGCCCUUUGUGUAAACCUGUUAAUAAUGAGCCCAUCACUAAUAUCCAGUGUAAAAUUUAACACGGUUUGACAGUAAAUAAAUGUGAAUUUUUUCAAGUA